AGUUCUCGGGCAGCUGAAACCACUGCACGCCAGCCCUUCCCACCCCUCACUACUUGAGAUGAAAUGACCAGAAACACAACAAAAAGAUAUCGGAGGUUUUCUCAAAACGAUUAAAAAAGAGGAAAAAAGGAGGGCCAGUGUAGCAGAAAAAGGGGUCUGAAAUAUCCUCUCGAAUCUACUCCAAAAUCCUCUCUUUUUUCUUUUUCCUUUUUUUUUUUCUUCUUUGAUUUCUCUCUCUUGGAUGUAAUCGGCCUGCGAUUUUGAUCAGUUUGGAAGCUUUUUUCGAGAGAAAUGGUGUGGGUUUUGAGCUGCAGCUAGGGUUUUUGGGAUUAGGGUUUUUCUGAUGCGCGAUUUGGGCAGAAUCUGUACGGAUCUGGUGCGAUUGAUGUAGUAGAGGCGCGGAUUUGAGCUAGAGAGAUUUGUAUCAAUAUAUAGAGAGAGAUGAUAGUCAUGGAGCGGGAGAUCGCGGCGUCAGCUUUGGUAUGGCUGAUCUUGAUUUUUCAUCCUCUAACGACGAUCUAUGCCAAUUUGGAAGGUGAUGCAUUGCACAGCCUACGGACCAAUCUAAAUGAUCCUAAUAACGUGCUGCAGAGUUGGGAUCCAACCCUUGUCAAUCCAUGUACAUGGUUUCAUGUUACAUGUAACAAUGACAAUAGUGUCAUAAGAGUUGAUCUUGGAAAUGCAGCACUAUCUGGUCUGCUAGUCCCGCAACUUGGUCAGCUCAAGAAUUUGCAAUACUUGGAACUUUAUAGCAACAACAUAAGUGGGAUAAUUCCUACUGAGCUUGGAAAUUUGACUAGCCUGGUGAGCUUGGAUCUCUACUUAAACAAUUUCACUGGUACCAUUCCUGCCACACUGGGCAACCUAUCAAAGCUGCGUUUCCUUCGGCUUAACAACAACAGUUUGACCGGUAACAUACCCAUGUCUUUGACAAAUGUCACUGCACUGCAAGUUCUGGAUCUAUCCAACAACAAGCUAACAGGGGGAGUUCCAGAUAAUGGGUCAUUUUCACUAUUCACUCCCAUCAGUUUCGCUAAUAACAACCUCUGCGGCCCAGUUACAGGGAAACCUUGCCCUGGCUCUCCUCCAUUUUCUCCACCUCCACCGUUCGUUCCCCCAACGAUCUCCUCUCCAGGAAAUAGUGCCUCCAGCACUGGAGCGAUUGCUGGGGGUGUGGCUGCAGGUGCUGCUUUACUAUUUGCUGCACCUGCAAUUGGCUUUGCAUGGUGGCGUCGUCGGAAACCACAAGAACAUUUCUUUGACGUACCUGCCGAAGAGGAUCCCGAAGUUCAUCUGGGUCAGCUCAAAAGAUUUUCUCUGCGAGAACUACAAGUUGCAACUGAUAGCUUUAGCAACAAGAACAUUCUGGGCAGAGGUGGAUUUGGGAAGGUGUACAAGGGACGCCUAGCAGACGGUUCAUUGGUGGCUGUAAAGCGUCUCAAGGAGGAGCGUACACCGGGUGGGGAGCUACAGUUUCAGACAGAGGUAGAAAUGAUCAGCAUGGCUGUGCACAGGAACCUCCUCAGGCUGCGUGGUUUUUGCAUGACACCCACUGAACGGUUGCUUGUCUAUCCCUUUAUGGCUAAUGGAAGUGUUGCAUCGUGUUUAAGAGAGCGUCCACCAGCAGAACCCCCUCUAGAUUGGCCAACGCGGAAGCGUAUUGCUCUGGGAUCUGCGAGAGGACUUUCUUACUUACAUGAUCACUGUGACCCAAAGAUUAUUCACCGUGAUGUGAAAGCUGCAAAUAUCUUGUUGGAUGAAGAGUUUGAGGCAGUUGUUGGUGACUUUGGCUUGGCCAAACUCAUGGACUACAAGGAUACCCACGUAACGACUGCUGUCCGUGGCACAAUUGGCCAUAUAGCGCCGGAGUACCUCUCCACAGGAAAAUCUUCUGAGAAGACUGAUGUUUUCGGUUAUGGGAUCAUGCUUCUGGAACUUAUCACUGGACAAAGAGCAUUUGAUCUCGCUCGGCUUGCGAAUGAUGAUGAUGUCAUGUUGCUCGACUGGGUGAAAGGGCUGCUGAAGGAGAAGAAGCUGGACCAGUUGGUUGAUCCUGAUCUGGAGGGCAAGUAUGUGGAGGCUGAGGUGGAGCAGUUGAUACAGGUUGCAUUGCUCUGCACUCAGGGCUCCCCAAUGGACCGCCCCAAGAUGUCAGAGGUGGUCAGGAUGCUAGAGGGUGAUGGGUUGGCCGAGAGGUGGGAGGAAUGGCAGAAGGUAGAGGUGGUCCGCCAAGAGGUUGAGAUGAUCCCCAACAGGAAUUCUGAAUGGCUCGUUGACUCCACCGACAAUCUUCAUGCCGUGGAAUUGUCAGGGCCGAGGUGACAUCGACACGGAAGAAAAGAAGGAAAUUAUUUAGCUGUUUUAAUUUUUUUUUUCUUUUUCUUUUUCUUUUUAAAUCUUACAUCUUGUGUCAUCUAUAAGCCCAUUCUGUAUCCAAGUGAAAUUCACAUGUGCAUAUAAAUCUGUGGGCCCAUUGUAUCAUCUGCAGCCUUUUACUUGAUGAUGUGUAAUGUUUAAAAGAUGCCACGUGGCAGUCACAUUCACGCUUGGGGCAAUGUCCAGUUUUUCAUGAUUAUGCCAUGUCGAUGGGUUUUGUAUUAACACGGCAUCAUAGUAAGGAGUGACAAAAAUCUUAUUACUUUGCUUGA